AUGUCGUCUUAUAGUUCAAAUCCUGAGAUCCAGACCCGCGCCAAAGCUGUCGGUCUCGCUGAGCCCGGGCAGGAGCUGCUGUGCCCCCGUGAAGGUGCUGUCCAUGCCUGGGUCUCGAGGUGCCCGGGCACCGCUGCGAGCGGCCGCAGCAGCAGCGAGUCUGCGCGUGUGCCCCUGCCCUGGGACAGCCCCAGUCCUCAUUGGGCUCGAUCGGGGAUUUUGCAGCUCACUUCCCUGUUUAAGGACUAUUUGCUUGGGGAGCCCCCCCGAGGCGCCCUGGUCCUGGGCUCGGAGCUGGUGGAGACCUACACGGUAUACAUUAUUCAGGUCAGUGUUGGCAACCAUCAGUGGACAGUCAAACAUCGUUACAGUGAUUUCCACGACCUGCAUGAAAAGCUUGUUUCAGAAAAGAAAAUAGAUAAAAAUCUGUUACCUCCUAAGAAGAUUAUCGGAAAAAAUUCCAAAAGCCUUGUGGAGAAAAGACAAAAGGAAUUAGAAGUCUACCUGCAAACCCUUCUAGUCAAGUUUCCUAUUGCUGCUCCAAAAGUGCUGUCACACUUCUUGCACUUUCAUUUAUAUGAGAUCAAUGGGAUCACUGCUGCACUGGCUGAGGAGCUCUUUCACAAAGGAGAGCAGUUGCUAAUGGCUGGAGAAGUCUUUAGCAUCAGACCCCUGCAGUUAUAUGCUGUUACUCAGCAAUUGCUACAGGGGAAGCCUACAUGUGCUAAUGGAGAUGCCAAAACUGAUCUAGGUCAUAUUCUGGAUUUCACCUGUAGACUCAAGUAUUUGAAGGUCACUGGAACAGGAGGACCUUUUGGAACCAGUAACAUUCAGGAGCAUCUCCUGCCUUUUGAUCUGUCAAUUUUUAAAUCACUUCACCAAAUAGAGAUAAAUCACUGUGGGGCAAAACUCAUUAAAGGGCUGACUUCGUCAAAACAUGCGCUAGCCACAAUGAGUGUUCGGUUUUCAGCAACAUCCAUGAAGGAAAUCCUUGUGCCUGAGGCCUCUGAGUUUGAUCAGUGGGAGCCAGAGGGUGCAACUUCAAAUUGUCCAGUGACAGCAAUUAUCCCAACGUGGAGAACUUUAACGACUUUAGAUAUGAGUCACAAUAGCAUAUCUCAAAUUGACGAUUCGGUGAAAUUAAUUCCGAAGAUUGAAUUCCUGGAUUUGAGUCACAAUGGGGUGUCACUGGUGGAAAACUUGCAGCAUCUUUACAACCUUGUUCAUCUGGACUUAUCCUACAACAAGCUCACGACGCUAGAAGGUGUCCACACAAAACUAGGAAACAUCAAAACGCUGAAUUUAGGAGGAAAUCAACUGGAAAGGCUGUGUGGUCUUAACAAACUGUACUCAUUAGUCAACUUGGAUCUGAGCAACAACAAAAUAGAGCAGAUUGAUGAAGUUAGAAAUAUAGGAAGCCUCCCAUGCUUAGAAAAGGUGGUCUUAUCCAGCAAUCCUUUGAGCAUCAUUCCUGAUUACCGGACCAAAGUGCUUGCUCAAUUUGGGGAUAGGGCCUCAGAGGUCUGCUUGGAUAACAUUGUUACCACAGAAAAGGAACUAGACACUGUGGAAGUGCUGAAAGCUAUUCAGAAAGCAAAGGAGGUGAAGUACAAACUGAGCAACUCGGAUAAAAAGAUCAGUGAGGACUCCAGGCUCACUGCUGCCAGCUCCAAAUCCAACUGUUCUUCUCUUACUGUUCGUCCUUCCUCUCCCUCUCUGCCUCGUCCUGUCAGCUCCAGCCAAGAAAUAAUUGAUAGAGAAACAGUCCUAGCCAGCAGUUCGUUGCAGUCCAGUGGUUUGACUCCUACAGACCAUACAGUUCCCCAGAGAUGCUCUGAAAUGUCAGACUCCAGAUGUAAAAAUCAGGCACCCGCCUCUCUUUUGGAUUCAUCCAAAGAAAAUGGAAGAGGUCAUCAUAUGUGUUUGGAUCAUUCAGAGGAAGAACACUGUGCAGUGCCUGAUCCCUGCAGCACCAUCAUCUUGCCUUUUAAUUGUAUGUCAUACACUGCCACAAACCAGGAUUUCAUCCAGCACCUUUCUGCCUUGAUAGUGCAGACUGGUCAGAGGUCGCCCCCCUCCUUUACAGAGAAUAAAGGGAACCCUCUGGGUGAUUCCAGAACCAUAGAGAAAGAAGAUGGAUAUUUUGAAAUGGGGCUUCAUGAAGGAGAGCAGACUUUCAAGUUCAGCAUUACUUCAGAUACUCAGCCAUCUGACAGCACAGCAGUAGAGAGCAUUGAUGUAGUCAGAGUUCUCUGGAGCUUCUCCAUCCACGUUCAUAAAGGACUCAGGCAGUUUGCUUCCUGUUUGGUUUUGACUGAUAGUAUGGUAGCUGUGUUUGAGAUUCCUCAUCAGGAAUUGAGAGGAGACUGCCAGCAUAUCCCUUCUGCCUUGAAAUUAACACUGUGUUUUUCAUACACGGAUCUGAUGGAAUUUGGCUUUCUUAUGCCAGAAAUCUGUUUGGCACUCAAGCUGAAGGACAGUGACCACUGUUUGUUUGUGCUUGCAGACUCCCAGAAUCUUCAAGACUUUUACUCCUGUUUACACACGUGUUGCUCUCAACACUGCACAUCAGUGUUACUGAGCUCCACACUGUACUGUGGAAAAGCAAACCUCCAAGAGUUUGUCUGUCAGCUUAUGGAAUUGAACUGCUUAUCAUCAGAGGAUGUAGAGAUAAAAGGAUGUUUCCCAACAUAUCUCGUUUACAGGAAUAAAACUAAUGUUCACAAGGCCUUGCAUCAACCAGAAUCAGCUGACAAUAACAAAGCAUGGUCCAAAAAUGCUUUGUGUUCUGCACUUUAUCCAGCAAUGUAUAAAUCUGCUGAUCAGGGCCCCUGUGUGUUCCAUCCUUGUUGGAUAUUUCUAACACCCCAGCGUUUCUACAUAGUUAAGGUAGAUUUCAGUGUGCUGCCAGGCAAGGGGGUAGGUGCAGAAGACCUGAGAAGUGUCUUCAAGCUGAGCAGGAUUCCCCUAGCAUCAGUUGUGUUGCAUCCAACUCAUGGCUGCACCCAGCAGAAGGGAUCAUUUUUGGAUGGGCACGUGCUGGAGUUGCUUCUUGGAUACAGACUGGUUACAGCAGUAUUUGUUCUACCUCAUGAGAAAUUCCACUUCCUAAGAAUCUACAGUCUUUUAAGAACACUUCUGCAGGAUGUUAAGACUAUUGUUAUUUUCAAAGCUUCAAACAAAUUGGAUUCUGUAAGAAAUCACUUCCUGGAGUCCAGCAUGCAUGGUCAGUCAGCAAGCUUUUGCAAGCCUCAUCUGACUCUGUCAUCUUUAUAUCCAUCUGAAUUUCUUACGCAGAAGAUUACAGAAGAUAACCAGAUUCCACUUCACGUUAAUGUUUCUGCGUCUCUGCAGUAUAUUGCUGGACUGAAAGGAAAUGCCCUAAUUGAGUUUUUCCAUAGCAACAUUGCAGAGGUGGAAAAUGAAGAGCUGAGGCAUCUCACGUGGUCUUCGGUUCUGUUUUACAAAACACCCGAUGUGGAAGCGAUGGCUUGUGUGCUUCUCUCAACAAAAGCUAUUUACUUUCUGUUGGAUGAUUCUCUCAUUCGUGCUCAUGAGCACCAGUCAGAUUUUUGGACUCAAGAAAACUCAGACUGUGAAAAUAGUUCUUUCCACCUCUCCUGCUACUUUGUGCUAAAACUUAAUGAUCUGCAGUCAGUAAAUGUUGGCCUGUUUGACCAGUACUUCAGAAUUACUGGACCCUCUGCAGAUCAUAUCGUCACCUGCUUGACAAGAGAUAGUUACAACACUCACACCUUCAUACAGCAGCUAAUGGCGGUUUUGUCGCUGCUGGCGCGCACGCCUUCACCUGAGCCAGUAGAUAAAGACUUUUACUCUGAAUUUGGGAAUAAAAACACAGGAAAAAUGGACAAUUAUGAACUGAUUCACUCUAGCAGAGUAAAAUUUAUUUAUCCCAAUGAAGAGGAAAUCGGGGACCUUGCUUUUCUCGUGGCAGAGAAGAUGGAUGGUUUGACUAACCUUCAGUCCCUGAAUAUCCUUUUGUAUGUGCUGGCAUUUCAAGUAAAUCAUGUAGAAGGAUCUGCCUCGAGUUGUAGCUUGCUUCAGCCUAAAACACUAAUAUUAACCAGCUCUGACUUGUUCCUCUUUGAUGAAGAUUAUAUCAGUUACCCACUUCCUGAAUUUGCUAAGGAACCACCAAAGAAAGAUAAAUAUCAGCUUGCAGAUGGCAGACGAAUCCGGGAUUUAGACAGAGUACUUAUGGGUUACCAGACAUAUCCUCAGGCCCUCACGUUUGUGUUUGACGAUGUUCAGAACCAGGAUCUGAUGCAGAACUUAGCACUGGAUCACUUUGGAGAGACUGAGAGCACCCCAAAGGGACGCGCGAAGCGAGAAGGCAGCAGGAGUGGAGAGAUCCAGUGGUGCGUCUUUAUCCCGAGCGCAGAAAGCAGAGAGAAGUUGAUUUCCCUGCUUGCAAGGCAGUGGGAGAUGCUCUGUGGCAGGGAACUGCCUUUGGAGCUCACUGGGUAAUUACUGCACAGUUGACAUGGUUGC